AUGUAUAGAAUUUUAAAGAAGUCAUACUGGUUGCCUGAUAUGAAAAGAGAGAUAGUAGAGUAUGUUGACAAAUGUUUAGUGUGUCAGCAAAUUAAGCCUAAAUGGAAAAGGCCAACAGGAUUGCUUAAUCCACUCCCAGUGCCAGAGUGGAAGUGGAAGCAUGUUACGAUGGAUUUCUUGUUUGGUUUACCUAGGACACCAGCAAACUAUGAUGUUAUCAUUCGAGUAUAUGCUUCAUAUGAGGUUUUGCACGGGAGACCAUGUAAGACUCCGAUAUGUUGGAAUGAAGUGGGAGAAAAGAAACUAUUAGGCCUAGAACUUAUUCAGCAGACAUCAGAUGGUGUUAAGAUUAUUGGAGAAAAUCUUAAAAUAGCUCGAGAUAGACAACAGAGUUAUACAGAUAAGCAGAGAAGAGAAUUAGAAUUAGAAGUUGGCGAUAAGCUUUUCAAUCUUCUGGAGAAUUACAACCCAGAGAUUGAGAAGAACGUUUCGACGAAGACUGAGAGAUAG